AUGUCCAGAAAGUCCGAUAAUGAGGUCUUAAUUGAAUCCCUGGAGACUCAGUACAAGACUGUUAUCACCGAUGGAUGCGCUCAACAAACGGCACUUAUGGGCGCCGACACCACCACUACUGCCGCCCAUAUGUGGCCACUAAUCACCCAAAUUGUUGCCACCAAUCAGUCAAUAGUGAACCGAAACGGCACUCAAGAGGACGCAUAUAUUGAGGACACGAAUGAGUGGGCAAUACGUGAAGAAAUGGUUGUCGUGAAGGAAGAGAAGGAAUGUGACAUCGAGUCAACUGAAGACAAGCCAUUGACCGCCGAUGACAUUGUAAAUGACAGGCAGAUUAUAGAGGCAGACACCGGAAGUGAUGGAUGUGUUGACAACAUUAAUGACGAGAAAGAGAUUAAGAAGGAGACGGACGACACGGAUUGCAAACCAAUUAUCACCGAUGAAUACAUCGCCGACCGCACAGUCACUACCGAUAUCUGUCCUCUGGUCACUGAAAUACAUGCCAUCAAUCACUCAAUUGCGGACACAUUUCUCACUCAAGAGGACGGAUAUAUUGCGGACACGAAUGAGUGGCCAAUACCUGAAGAAGUGGUUGUGAAGGAAGAGGUGAACGAAGGGGAAGGAGAGUCGGCUCUUGUAAUGUCUGCGUCUGUUUUGAGGCAACAAAUGGCCGACAAAGCAGACCGUUUCACAGAUCUGUCUACUUCUCUGCCACUUAAGCUGUUUGCCUGCGAUUACGAAGACUGCGACUUUCGGGCCAUCAAUCAGUCACUACUUGACAGCCAUCGCGAGAGUCACAAAACAUCUGACCUUUUCUGUGGUUACGACGACUGCGGCCGGAGUUUUAUGCACGAGAGGGCUCUCAAAAUACAUCAAAACAAAAGCGGACACUUCAAUGACACCGACGAUAUGGGGCCGCCCUAUGGCUGCCAAUGGCCUGACUGUGCGAAGGCCUUUAUGGCUAAAUGGUUGCUUAAGAGACACGUGGAUCAGGUGCACAAAGGCGUUCGGCAAUUCGAGUGUGACGACUGUCCGCAACGGUUUGCAAAGAAGAGCAGUCUUUGCGAACAUCGGCGGCAAAAGCAUUCAUUGGAACCGAUUGUGAAGAAAGUGUUUCAAUGCGAUCACAAUGACUGCCAGUUCGAGACCAACAUUUCCGGGAGUUUGCGUCGACACCGCAAAAGUCAUCUCAAUAUCAAAGAGUUUGUCUGCGAAGAGACGACGAGUUUUGUCACUAACGGCGACCUCAAGAGAAAUAUGCGGCCGCACAGCGAUGAACGGCCGCAUCGGUGCCAAUGGCCUGACUGUAGGAAAGACUUUACGACUUUAUGGAAACUGAAGCGACACAUGGAUCAGGUGCACAAAGGCGUUCGGCCAUUUGCGUGUCACGACUGUCCUAAAUGGUUCCAGUCGUGUAGUCAUCUUCGCAAACAUCGGCGGCAAAAGCACUCAUUGGAACCGAUUGUGAAGAAAGUGUUUAAAUGCGAUUUCAUUGGCUGUGAGUUUGAGACCACGGGUUCGAGUGCUUUGAAUGAUCACAAGAAACGUCACCUCAAUAUCAAAGAGUUUGUCUGCGAAGAGACCGACUGUGCGGCGAGUUUUAUCACUAACGGCGACCUCAUGAGACACAUGCGGUCGCACAGCGAUGAACGGCCGCAUCGGUGCGAUUGGCCCGGAUGUGAGUCCGCCUAUAAACAGGCCAACACUUUGACUAAUCACAAGCGCAAACACCACACCCGCGAUGAACACAGCGACGGGUCGGACAAUAAGAGGUUUAAAUGCGAUGUCAGCGACUGUUCGUACGGCAGUAACAGUAGAUCAAGUUUUGUGAGCCAUGAACUGAAGCACCAGAAUGUGCGGCCAUUUGUGUGCGAAGAGACCGAUUGCGGGAAGAGUUUUCACAGAAAGGAUUCUCUCAAUAGACAUAAGCUGUGUCACAGCGAUGAGCGCCCGUAUCGGUGCGAUUGGCCCGGAUGUGAGUCCGCUUACAAAUUGGGUCCACAUCUGGCCGAUCACCGGCGCACACAUACCGGCGAACGCGAGUACAAGUGUCCGUUUGCCGGUUGCGGCAAAUGUUAUGCGACCAGAAGUAUAUUAAACACCCAUAAAAACAAUCACAAACACCCGUAUGUCUGUCAUUGGCCCGAAUGUGACCAGACGUUUGCCUAUAACUCGUGUCUUAAGGCCCAUAUGAAUGAACAUCAGGGCAUUCGUCCCCAUAAAUGCUAUUUUAAUGGAUGUGAUAAAAGCUAUUUUUCUAAACCAUCGCUGAAUUCACACUUAAAAAAGGUCCACAAAAUGGUUUUGAGUUAA